GUUUAUACCUUUUGACGUUCUGUACUGAUUGACAACAGGUGAGAGACACGGACGGCUCGGUCACUGACGGGAUUAUUAUACACACCACGAGGGCAGGAUAACAAAGCAAAAUCCCCACAAUCCCCUUGCAAUUGGAGGAGGAUGGGACGUCCCCCUGUGCCUUUGUUCCCCGUGAGAGGAAAACUUCACCCGCCGCUCGGCUCUGUCUCCGCCGGGCCGCUCUGUGUUUCAUGAAGCCCCCCGACGCGUCUCCUGAUUGGUCCUUCGGUCCCACUCUGAAGAGCUGCCGGCCAAUAGGCGUCUGUCUGGCAGCGUCACCUCUGCAGCACAUUUCUCCCCGGCCGGGACUCAGCAGCACCACAGAUCGAUGGUAGCUGCAGCUGAAGCCGGCGCUCUGCACCAGUGAUCCUCAGGAUGGAGGUACCGAGGAGGCUUCAGUCCAUGCCUUUCACACUGGCGCUCCCUAAGCCGGCUCCGCGCGGCGUGUCUCCGCUGGGAGCUGGAGAGAAUCCAACCAAAGAUAAGCUCACGGAGAAGAAGGAUGACGCCACACAGGAGAAACGCAACGCCGCGGAGGAGAAGUUCAGCUCGGACGAGGUUUCACUCAAGGCCGACGUGACCGUCUUCGUUGAGGCGGAUCCCUCACAACCUUCAGACUCAAGUACUGUGAGAACAAUGUCAAGGCUUCCCUCGCAAGAUAGCUUCUCCGAGGAGAGCUUGAUAUCAGAGGAGAUGCUGGCAGAGGAGGCCAAGAAGAAGCUAGAAGAGGAGGCGGCAGCGGCUAAAGAGAGGGCAGCCCAGAGGCAGCUGUUUGCCGUCGAGGAGCUGGUGCAGACUGAGAGGAAUUACCUUCGAAUGCUGCAACUGUGUUCUGUUACAGUCAGGAACAACCUCCAGCAACUGCAGCCUCCUCCGCCCAACCUGGACAGCAUGUUUCUCUACAUCGAAGACGUCAUCGGUGUUUCAUGUCGUCUCCUCAGCUUGUUGGACCAGAAGCAGGUUCAGCCAGGAGACCCUGAGUUUCUGGAGACUCUCUGUAACUCAUUCCUCAGCCUUUCUGUGGACAUCGAAGCAGCUUAUAAAGAGUACCUGGCUAACUACAACAAUAUUUCAGCCGUGGAGAACGGCUACAAACAGAAAGAGGCUCUCUGGAUAGAGAUGGUCAAAGUCAUCAAAGCCUCAGCGCCUGAGGUCAACGCCGCCUCUCUGAGUUUCUUCCUGGUGAUGCCCAUGCAGCGGAUCGCCCGCUACCCGCUCCUCCUGCAGACCAUCCAGAAACACACGGACCCAUCUCACCGAGCCUACGCUCUCCUGGAGCAAACCGCCAACACCUCCAUCGCCCUGAACUGUCGCAUCAACGAGUACAAACGCUUCAAAGAAGUUGCCGACAAAUACAAGAAGACAGAAAUCCUGACCAUCAAGGACAAAAUCUACCGCCUCAACACCCGCAGCAUCGCCAAGAAGACUGCGAGGCUGAGCCAGCAGCUCAAACACGAGACUGGGAUGGCGGCGAAGCUGGUGGACGAGGAGUUUGACGCCUUGGAAGGUUUCUUCUACGUUCUUGAAAAUGCGAUCCUGGAGCUUCUGGAGAACGUGGAGACAUAUCUGCAUCAUCUUCAGGGAUUCCUGGCCUGCAAGACAGAAGAGUUUGAUUUUGAUAUGGACGGAGAGAAAGAACCCAUUUGUUACAAAGAGAUCACCACGGCGCUCAGACAGUGGAUCCUUCCUACCUUUGAAAAGCGGUUGAGGACCUUGAUUUACAAGCCGCUGUGCGCCCUGCGUGACCUCCUGGUGGGCCCAAGGAACCUGAUCAGGAAGCGGCUAGACAAGCUGCUGGACUACGAAGUGAUAGAAGCCAAACCCAACCUGAGCUACGAGGAACAAGCUGUGGCCAGCACGUACAAGACGAUGAACACGCUGCUCCUGAAUGAGCUCCCUCAGUUUAACAGCCUGGCUCUGCAGAUGAUCUGGGGCAUGCUGGGAACGUUCAGCUGCCUCCAUAAAGACCUCGCCUCAGACAUGGAGCAGCUCUUCCAGAGCUUCGCACAGCAGCUGCCUCACAGCUCACUCCACCCCAGGGCAUUCUGGGAGUGGGCCGAGUCCGCCGCCCUGGAAGGUGCGAGGAGGCUGCAGACCUUAUGUCGAAGUGUGGAGGACACGCUCAACGCUCCCAUUGUCCAGCCUCUGAGCGUGUCCUCUCAGAGCCGCCUGAAGCAGCUGACAGACAAACACGGCUCUGGGAAAAUCUACCAGGUGGUGGCCACCGUGGUGGGCAGCCGGGAUCUGGACCUCAGUCUGAACAAGGGGGAGCUGGUGGCCGUCAUCAGCGAGGCGGACACCCGAGGAGACAAACGCAGGUGGCUGGUGGACGCAGGAGGCAGAAGAGGAUACGUUCCCUCCUCCAAGCUCCUUCGGUACCACCAGCCGACCGACGAGCCGCCCCCUUCGCCACAGCUGAUGCUUCCCGAAGGCGUGAGCGGGGCAAGAAGGCACUCCUACACCCCCGAGAGUCCGCCACAGCUGUUCGUCAGACAGCCCUGCUUCCAGGUUUUGGCGGCCUACGACUUCACAGCGAGGGGAAACCAUGAAGUGUCUAUGCGGGCAGGUGAGCCUGUGCGAGUCCUGGAGCCCCACGACAAGCGAGGGAACCGCGAGUGGAGCCUGGUGGAGGCCAAAGGUGGGCAAAGGGGCUACGUCCCCUCCAACUACCUGACCAUCUUACCCGUGGGCAGCAGCUCCCAGGCUUUCUGAUCACACAGGAAGAAGCAGGCAAAACAGAGCAGCGGUUUCCCAGCUCUGCUUCAUGAACACGUAAAGCAGCGCUCUCCUGAUGAAGCUUCGGCUGUUUUUAAAGAGAGAUAAUCCACUGUUAUGGAGUAGCCACUAUGUGUGCACUAAGAUGACUAAAAUCAUUAUUUAAAUUGACUGCUUCGAUCUUUUAAACAUCUCUUUGUGCUCUUUGAGCUGUGCAAACAAGAAGCUUUCAAAAUCAAUCCAAAAAGCUAAUAAAAUAUCACCUUUAGGUUUUAUUAGUAUGCUGCCACUGGCUGUGGCCAUUAAUCUAAUCCUGCAUGUUGCAGCACUAAAAAGACAUUUAAUGAUGAAGAGGUGUAAAAAGCAAACAAAAUUAAGGGUUUUUUUUUUUUUUGUGUCAAUUUUGUUUCACUGGACCUCUCAUUAAAUGUAAAGCCAGACUCCACCGCUGUGUGUACAUUAGCAAACUGCUGUUUGAAAUGCCUGAAAAGUGAGCAGUGGAAAGCAGCAACACAUCACUGCUAAUUCUGUCAUGUUUCAGGGUGGACAAAAGCUCUUUAAAACGGUCAGUGGAGUGAAAUGAGAAGGAUUUUUGAGUGUGUGUGUGAGACACCAGGUGAAGCUGUGGUGAGGAGUACACACUCACUGUGACUUCAAGCUGAAGGACAAUCUUAAAGACGCACUGGGAAAACGAUCGCACGUCUUCUGUUUAGUCCAGCCGAGACAAUGAUGGAAGACUCAAGCUGGGAGGAAAUGGAGAUGCGAGUGAGCGCGCCCUUGAUUUCCCUUGAUCCUCAGCAGGCGAGGAUACUUGAAGUAAGAAGUAGAGACCGCAUGCUUUCGUGAGCGUGUGUGUUGGGAUGCCGAGUUGCGAUGGUGAAGGGAAUGAACGGAGAGGACCUCACAAGGAUAGUGCUGCGAGUGUGUGCGCACAUGCUGAGUACCUGGAGGCAGGAAGCAGGCAGCGUGAUGGAGACUGACGGGUCCGCGGCGCACUCAUCAGCUCAGACUGUCUCUGGGGCCAAGUGGGACAGACGUGGAGAGGAAGAGGAGGAGCAGGAGGAGGUGAUGUAAAAGGAGUGGAAGGAUCUCAUACUGGGAAAUCGGAGUUGGAGGGAAAAUUUAGAAAGGAAAAAAAAUAGUGAGGUGGAGACAGGAGGCUGCAGCUCAGUGUUUCCCCGCCAGUUUGAGUCCGUGAAGCAGAAUGAAUUCCACUCCUGCAUCAUAACAGUUUCCAUCCUCUCCAGGACGGCGCAGCCGAUGCUUGUUGCUGUGGAUACAGCUCAAUCAAUGCAGGUCAUGUCUCUUCGUGGCAUUUCCUCAAGUUGGCUGAACAGCAGAGCCACUGCAGCGUUUAACUUCUCAUGUCGGCGUGGAGGAAGUCUUUCUGCUUCAUUAACUGUGUGUGUUCCACAGACCCGCACUGAUUAUAACCACAGAACUCAUUCCGUUGCUGUUAAUUGACUACUUGUCUGCCAAACAUUUCACAUUAGUGCCACUUUUACGUUGGAUAGUGCCGCAAAUGUGUCAGAUCAAAUGGUUUUUCAUAUUUAACGUUUGGAUUUCCUCCUAUAUUCUGCCCGUUAAUGUCUAAAAAAGCUCUAUAAACAUGCUGCUCUGCAGCUUCUGCUAUCGAGGAACCGAGUUAUUUCAAAGCACACCAGCCAUGGAAUCACUGUAAUAUUCUGUGGCUGUGUGAACUCAUCAAGAAUUUUAUUAACCUGCAGUGAUAAUCAAAGCGUCUUGGCUAUUCAGAUCUAGAGUGAAUGAAUCUUCGAACUCUUUUACGCUGAGGAAAAAACAUCCCCAACCUUGUGCACUAUACAAACUGAAUAAAUGACAUUUGCAUGUCGUAUGCUUUCAUAUACUCAUUAUCUCCUCACAUUUUUAUUAUUGCUCACAUUUUCAGAUUGGUAGAACAUUAACCUGAACUGCAUCAGUAACCUAAAAAUAUCCUUUACAUCCGUAAAUCAAAGUUGAAUAUCUUUUUUAUGCCACUAACUGAACUUGGUGCAACAUACAAGUAAAGUGCUCAACAUAGUGUGAUAUCUUAUUGACACUGUAUAUAGUUAUUUCCAUAUAUUUCUUUCUGCAUCUACAUCGUUCAUCAGUAUGCUGUGUAUUUAAAGUGGUUUUUGUUUUGGGUUUUUCAAUUUGAAGCCCGAAAAUGUCCAGAAAGUGCUCGACUGUUUGCGCCUUUGCAGCUUAAUCACACAUGAUGGUUUUAAUUGAUGCUCAAGACAAUGUUUCCUGUGGAUUAUCGCUUGGUAACUGCAGCAAAUGGAAGUGCAUGGUGCUGAUUUCUCAACCCGUGUCCCAUUAAAUGCUGCAGGAAAGAAAGCAAAAUUGAAAUCCAAAUGUAACAUAGCAUCAAAUCAUAAUAUUUCUGUUAGUGAGAUCCACAUGUACUCUACAUGAGAGGACACAAUUCUGAUAAUACGAAAUGAUUGUAGUGAAACAUAUCUUUGCAAUCCUUAUUUUGAGCUUAUAUCGGCAUAAAUUUGGACUUUUGAUUUUAAUGAUUUCAAGUUGAACUUUUUCAUUUGGCAGCUAUCAACCAGCUACAGGAAGAUGAAUGUUUCUUGAGACCAAAACGGAGCCGAUAUUGGAUUCGGAACCACCGAUGAAUGUAAAUACCAACAGUAAGCCUUGAAGUUUUACACAGUUUAAAAAGUCAUAAUCAGUUGAAGGAUCCAAAGUCUUGCCCCAAGAGUGGCCUAAAAAAGAGAUUAUUGCAGCUUUAACCUUUAACUGUAAGAGAAAAUCCCGGCUUUGGCUCCUCCAACAUGGCGGCUCAGUCAGCAACUUGACUCCUUGUUCCACGUCUUGAGUGUUUUCAUGUGGGAUUGUGCUGCAUCAGCUGCUGUGGAUGGGAGGGGGGAGGGGGGAGGGGGGGAUUCAGAGCUGCUCAGCUGGAGCUUAGCUGUUCCUAUCAGUCUGAAUGUCAGGUCGGAGCCGAGCAGCAGGAGGGACGCGCAGAAACAGAGAGAGCGUGAUGAUAUUUGAAGGCCACAGUAUCGAAUGUCCUCAAGGUUAGAACAAUGAACAUGGAAAUCCUUCAGCCUUAAGAUAUUUUACCUGUUUCCGCCUCUUCAAAUGCCUUUUUUUUUUUUUUUGAGAGAGAGAGUGAAAGGAGAAAUUCAGCUGCAUAUUUUUGUGAUUACCUGCUGAUUCUUCAAUAUAUUGUCCAGUAACAACAGAUUUGAUUGGAAAAUUAGCAAGAUUCACGGUUCUGGUAAAACUUCUGAUUUAUGAUUGUGUGUCAGUUCUUACCAAAGAGUGCUGUUGAAGUUCAUGUCUCCACCACCAGAGGGUGAAGGAGACUGGGUUAGAAUUUAGUGAGGCAGCUGGUGGACACUGAAGAAAUGUGUGUCAAAGUGUUGCUUAGUGCCAUCAUUACCUGAGUCAGUAUUGAUCUCCACUAAUCUAUAGAGCGCAGCCGGACCCUGUACAUUCUGUUAAUACUGCUCAGUUUACCUCUGAUCUUUAACCUGCACCGCCUGCCAUCACCUGCGUGUACAGCAGCUCUGCUCAUAAUUUAUUUGCUUUGUAAUGGUGCGUAAUUGUAUUGUUGGUUUAACUUAUUUAACGCUGCGGGCCGACACGGCCCGAGACGAAGGGUGAAGCCUUUUGAAGUGUUGCCAACGGUUGUGGCGGUGCUCACACAUGCAUCCACAGAGCAGAUGGGCGUUCAUGCAGCGCUGCAGCAGCUGUGAACUGACUGGGUGGCUUCAAUAAAAAAACUCAACUCGGACCAGUCAUGUGUCCUUGUGUCAUUUCACACCAACACGAACACAAAGUGAAGCAACGAGAUGGUAAAUAUGGAGGCUGCUUUUCAUUUUAAUACAAAUGCAUUUUUUAUUUCUAAAAAAGGGGUUGAUAUUUAACCUCUCUAUCUGUGAACAUGUCCAGAUAUAUUCUCUCACUGAGAGAAGAUUUCUUUAGUUUUUGUGUAUCGUUUACACUUCACAUUUGUCAGCACUAAUGCAUCCAUGGAAAUGUUUGUGUGAAGUGUUCAUGUUUUCCCUGAGGGUUAAA